CCCUAUUCCGGAAGCUGGUUAUGAAACUUCUCACAUUCCGUUGCCCUCUCAAUCAGCAUCUUACUCCGUUGCUCUUUGCAGGGGUGAGAGAAGGAAGUGUAGUGGGCCCUCAGAUUCAUCCCUACCCCGAGGUCCCCGCCAUGCCUCAUAUCGACAACGAUGUGAAACUGGACUUCAAAGAUGUCCUGUUGAGGCCCAAACGCAGCACCCUUAAGUCUCGAAGUGAGGUGGAUCUCACAAGAUCCUUUUCAUUUCGGAACUCAAAGCAGAUGUACACUGGGGUCCCUAUCAUUGCCGCCAAUAUGGAUACUGUGGGCACCUUUGAGAUGGCCAAGGUUCUCUGUAAGUUCUCCCUCUUCACUGCUGUCCAUAAGCACUACAGCCUUGAUCAAUGGCAAGAGUUUGCUAGCCAGAAUCCUGACUGUCUUGAGCAUCUUGCUGCCAGCUCAGGCACUGGCUCUUCUGACUUUGAACAGCUGGAACAGAUCCUGGAAGCUAUUCCCCAGGUGAACUAUAUAUGCCUGGAUGUAGCAAAUGGCUACUCUGAACACUUUGUUGAAUUUGUAAAGGAUGUGCGGAAGCGCUUCCCUCAACACACCAUCAUGGCAGGGAAUGUGGUAACAGGGGAGAUGGUGGAAGAGCUAAUCCUCUCUGGGGCUGACAUCAUCAAGGUGGGAAUUGGGCCAGGCUCUGUGUGUACCACUCGGAAGAAAACUGGAGUGGGGUAUCCACAGCUCAGUGCAGUGAUGGAGUGUGCUGAUGCUGCUCAUGGCCUUAAAGGCCACAUCAUUUCAGAUGGAGGCUGCAGCUGUCCUGGGGAUGUGGCCAAGGCUUUUGGGGCAGGAGCUGACUUCGUGAUGCUGGGUGGCAUGCUGGCUGGGCACAGUGAGUCAGGCGGUGAGCUCAUCGAGAGGGAUGGCAAGAAGUACAAGCUCUUCUACGGAAUGAGUUCUGAAAUGGCCAUGAAGAAGUAUGCUGGGGGAGUGGCUGAGUAUAGGGCCUCAGAGGGAAAAACAGUAGAAGUUCCCUUUAAAGGGGAUGUGGAACAUACCAUCCGAGACAUCCUAGGAGGGAUUCGCUCUACAUGCACCUAUGUGGGAGCAGCAAAGCUGAAGGAGUUGAGCCGGAGAACUACUUUUAUCCGAGUCACCCAGCAGGUGAAUCCAAUCUUCAGUGAUGAGCGCUAGACUUGAGCAGUUCUGCCUUCCCAAGGCCCCAGCACUCUACUAUGGGGCCUCCCAAGUGGGCUUCUCACCCAUCACAGCUACUGCGGCUAUGUAUUACUUCUCAUUUCCUAUCAACUUGCUCCUGAGGGCUCCUGCAGCAACUCUAUACUUCUCUAUCUGCACACACAAAACGCCCAGGGCACUCACUGGGGAGGAAGCAAGGAAGAAGACAGUCUGUGAAAACGACAUAAAAUAAUCAAAUGGGAAUCUGGGGGACCCAACAUCCUGAAGAUUAUUAAAAGGAAAAGAUGCUGAUUGACAUUAUACAUAAAUGUUUUAUAUAGCCUUGAUCUGGAAGAGGCAGGCUUUUAGAAUCAUGUCUUAUAAAUGGGAACUUUGAAUAUCUAAAAAUCUCAGAAGAAUUGUUUACAUAUUGGAAAUACCUCAAUAAAGAGAGAUCCCACUGACUGU